UAUCAUUAAUUAGCCUUUGCAAAUGGCUUUCCCUGGCCAAAAGCAAUGUUCUUUAGCCAUAUUAUUAUCCCUAAUAAUUCUUGCUGUUGGGAUUUCGCAAGUGUGGUCCCGCAAACUCAUGAAUGAUGAUGAGGCAUCUAUGCAAGAAAGGUAUGAAGAAUGGAUAAUAAAACAUGGGAAAGUGUAUAACAAUGAUGAGGAGAAGCAGAAACGGUUCUUGAUAUUCAAGAACAACGUAGAAUACAUUGAAUCCUUCAAUGCUGGUGGAGACAAGUCUUACAAGCUUGGUAUUAACCACUUAACUGACAUAACCGUUGAGGAGCUUAAGGCUUCCCUAAAUGGAUUCAAGAGGCCACAAAGGGGCUCUACUCCUCCAACACCAUUCAAGUAUGCAAAUGUUGAAUCCGUUCCUCCAUCCAUUGAUUGGAGGAAUAAAGGAGCUGUUACUAGUGUCAAGAACCAGGGCUUUUGUGGUAGCUGUUGGGCAUUUUCGGCGGUGGCUGCGGUGGAGGGCAUCCACGCGAUAACCACCGGACAGCUGGUGUCACUUUCCGAGCAACAAGUGGUGAGUUGUGACAUACACGGUAGGGACGAGGGAUGUAACGGCGGUUACAUGGAAGGUGCAUUUCAAUACAUUUGGAAAAACGGCGGAAUCAACAGCGACGCAAACUACCCUUACAACGCAACAGACGCUACAUGCAACGCAACAGCAGAAGCCUUCGACGUUGCUCAAAUCAAAGGCUAUGAGAUGGUUCCAGCAAACAAUGAGAGUGAGGUUGUGAAGGCAUUGGCUCACCAACCUUUGGCGGUUGCAAUUCAAGCAAGUUCCUUACAUUUUCAGUUUUAUUCCGGUGGUAUUUUUGACGAAACAUGUGGGUAUGAGCUUGAUCAUGGUGUUACGGCCGUUGGUUAUGGUACAAAUGAAACCGGUACUGAUUAUUGGAUUGUUAAAAACUCAUGGGGUACUGAAUGGGGCGAGGGAGGAUACAUAAGGAUGAAAAGAGGCAUAGGUGCUGGUCUUGGUUUAUGUGGAAUUGCCAUGGAUGCUUCUUAUCCUACUGCAUAACUGUUUUCGGUGAAUUAAAGUAAUAUUUUGCUAACCAGUAGCAAAAUCUUGAUAAUAAUUUACGAAAAAUAGUUUUGUAUAAUAAUUUAUCAGUCUUUUUUUUAUAAUGGAGACAUGAACUAUUUUUAAGAAAUUGUCUAGUAUGUAAGUUUCUAUAUAUCAUGUUGGUUGUUUUGUUUAAAACACAACUUUAAUUUACAACUUAAAAGGGUUCGUUGUAAAGUGGUGAAUAAGUUAACAGUUAACUUCUAUCAUACUUGUACUAAUAAGAUGUCGCAAACUAAUGAAAGUUUGUCAGAUUAGUGUUUAAUUUGUUUGAGGUUUCAGUUUUAUAGAUUGAUUACAAAUCGAGUGUGAAU